GGGGUAACUGGGUGAUGAUUCGGAUUCCCAAUAAUUUAAACAAAGCACAAGCCCCGAAACAAGAAGUAUCGCUCUAACUCAUCUGCCCUCUCAAACCCCGCCCGGUUACCAAACGGUUUGGAGGGGAAUCCACAGACCCAAGCGGCCGUAGAGAGCGCCACGGCGUUCGGAGGAAAGGAAGUAGAUUUUACGGCGAGCCGUAAAGUAGGGUCUACGGUGAGCUGUAAAGCACGUUCCCUUCCGGUUCACGACAGCAGCCUUGACCGUCUCUGCCGGCCUUCCUCCGGUAAGCGCCUCUGCCGACCCUCGCGAAUUCAGUUCUUUCCUCUCUCGGGCCUUUCCCUACUGUCGCCCCCGCCACCUUGGAUCAUGUUCAAGAAAUUUGAUGAAAAAGAAAACGUGUCCAACUGCAUCCAGUUGAAAACGUCAGUUAUUAAGGGUAUUAAGAACCAGUUGAUAGAACAGUUUCCAGGCAUUGAACCAUGGCUUAAUCAAAUCAUGCCUAAGAAAGAUCCGGUUAAAAUAGUGCGGUGCCACGAGCAUAUAGAAAUCCUUACAGUAAACGGAGAGUUACUGUUUUUUCGACAGAGAGAAGGGCCUUUUUAUCCAACUCUAAGGCUACUACACAAAUACCCAUUUAUCCUGCCACGACAGCAAGUUGAUAAAGGAGCCAUCAAAUUUGUGCUCAGUGGCGCAAAUAUCAUGUGUCCAGGCUUAACCUCGCCUGGAGCCAAGCUUUACCCUGCUGCAGCGGAUACUGUUGUUGCAAUCAUGGCAGAAGGAAAACAGCAUGCCCUGUGUGUUGGCGUUAUGAAGAUGUCUGCGGAAGAUAUCGAGAAAGUGAACAAAGGGAUUGGCAUUGAAAAUAUCCAUUAUUUAAAUGAUGGGCUGUGGCAUAUGAAGACGUAUAAGUGAGCCUCAGAAGGAAAACACUUGGGCUAAAUAUGGACAUUGUGCUGUGUCUGUGUUUGUGUCUGUGUGUGACAGCAUGAAGACAAUACUUCUAUGGUUAUGCUGAAUAAAUUCAGCAGUUGCUACAAAAAAAAAGUAAAGAUUUGGAACGAGUCC